UUUUGCCCAUAUGUUGAAAUGCCUAUUAUACCCCUUGGGUCCUGCUCCCCAUCGAGAACCCUAGCGAUGCGACGUCGCCUUCCUCCAUUGCUUCCGAACGCAGGUGCCGCCUGAGAUCCCAGCAGCCCCAUCUCCUUGUCCAUCACGUGCCCACUCUCCUACCUCUCCUCCCGUCCUCAUCACAUCCAAGCAGCCGCUCAUCUCCCUAGUGCAGCAGGUUUAUUCCCCACUUCGCUCCACCUCCCCUUCGAUUCGAUUCGAUUCGAUCUAGGAAUUCGUUUGCUGCCGUUUUUAUCCGCAAGUCUUUACUGAUUUCUUGCACCUUCUCAAUCGUUUUUCCGAUCUACGAAUUCUUGGCUCCUCAGUUCAUCACUUGUCCAUGAUGCAGCUUGUCUGGGCACCACAUGUUCGACGGAAUACCCCUGUGACUCCAACCCCAUGGCAGAGAAGUCUGGAAGCCGGCGCAUGGCGGCGGCGCGCGUUCCCGGCGGCGGAGCGAGGUGCAGGAUCAACGCCCUCCCCGACGACGCCCUCCUCCACGUCAUCUCCUUCCUGAACGCGCGCCAGGCCGUGCGCACGUGCGUGCUGUCACGGCGGUGGCGCCACCUCUGGCGCUCCGUGGCCCGCAUCAACGCAUCGUAUGAAGAGUUCGACGGCAUGGCUGACACCGACGAGGAGUGUAAUGCAUUGUUCAAGAAGUUUAUCAGCCGAUUCCUGAUACUCCGUAACCCCACGGCCUUGGACGAAUUCAGGCUCCGGUACAGCAUACCUGAUGAUGAUUCUAUUGAUUCUGUCCACCAGCUUGAAGCGGAGUCAGCAGACGCUAACCUAUGGAUCAACCAUGCAUUGCAGUGGAAUGCUCGGUCUGUCAAGGUCUCCGAAUGGGGUCUUAAAUUGCAUCUUGAUCCCGCGGUGUUUACUUCAAAUUACUUGAUAAGCCUGAAGCUUUCCAACGCUAUUUUGUUCCCCGGUUUCUUUAGGAACAUUCAAACUGGCUGCACAAAAUUGGAACGUCUGAUCUUACGUGGCUGCGCCAUUAAUGACAUUGAGAUUUCUUCCCAGACACUGAAGGUUUUGACCAUUGAUAUUCACUGUCACUUCACAUUUGAUGGCUGGGCUUCUAUUUCCGCUCCAAGCCUCAUUUAUUUUGGCUUCUUUGGUGAUGGCAAAAUACCUCUACUAAAUAACAUGGAAUCACUAGAGACAGCAUCAGUUUCAGUUGGUACUAAUCAUAUUGUGGUUGAUGAUAUCCAUCAGUUUCUUGGGAGCCUUUCUGGUGUUACAAAUUUGGACUUCUAUUAUCAAGGAAAAAUGCUGAAGAUGGAACACAAUUCGCACUGGUGCCCAAAAUUCAACAAUCUUACAAUCCUGACUCUUGGCGAUUGGUGUCUGUGUGCUGAUUUCUAUGCAUUGAUAGUCUUCCUUCAGAACUCACCUAAUCUGGUGAAGCUAACUCUAGAAUUCGAACUGAGUCCAGAUACAGGUAAAAAAUUCAUUGGCGAGCUAGAAGAAAGAUCUUUCACUUGUGACCACCUUAAGAUUGUUGAAAUCGUUUGCUCGGAGGAUUUGGAGGAUGAUCCUGUGGUAAAAAACCUGGAGAACUUUUUGCUUGGGAGUGGCAUAAGCCCUGAUCAGAUUGACAUAAUAAACUGGUGCUAGCUCAGGUUUUAUUUCUAUCAAGCGCUCACCCGAUAGUAUGUGAACCGACAGUCCCACAUAGAUAAACCAUCACCUACUUGCAGUUUUGUAGUAGUGAUGUGAUCUCUUGACGAGAAUAACCAUGUGUUGUUUGCUUGAAUAUUAAGGAAAAUAUAUAGGUCCGAAAGGGCCUAUGAUAUUUUUUUUCUUAUUUAGUUAUAUAACGGUGUCCUCCAGGGAGGAGGGAACAUAGAUAGGAGUGUUGGUUGCAAAAGAUGAUAUUGAACCCUAUGGCCACAGCUUGAGUUGAUGUUUGCAAAAUAGCAAAUUUCUUU